AUUACUGAAUCUACCUGAGCUACUUUGAUUCUAUGGAAUAAUGCUGAAAUUCCAGGAAACAGUUAAGCAUGGUACAUCAUUUAUACCUAUUUCUAUCCACUCAAAAACACUGAUUGCAGGAAGAUACAAUAUUUAUCAAAAACUUGGACGUGGAAGUUUUGGAACAGUUUAUCUGGUUUCUGACAAGAAAGCAAAAGAAGAACAGUUGAAAGUUUUGAAAGAAAUCUCUGUGGGGAACCUUAAGCCUAAUGAAACAGUUGAAGCAAAUUUGGAAGCACAAUUGUUGUCCAGGCUAGACCAUCCAGCCAUUGUUAAAUUCUAUACAAGUUUUGUUGAAGGAGGGAGUUUUUGCAUCAUUACUGAAUACUGUGAGGGUCAAGAUCUCGACUUUAAAAUUCAAGAGUACAAAAGAAGUGGCAAAGAAUUUCCUGAAAGUCAAAUAGUAGAAUGGUUUAUACAAUUAUUACUUGGAGUAAACUACCUACACGAAAGGCGAAUACUUCAUCGAGAUUUGAAAGCUAAGAAUAUUUUUUUGAAAAAUAAUCUGGUUAAAAUUGGGGACUUUGGAGUUUCUCGACUCUUGAUGGGAUCCUGCGAUUUAGCAACCACUUUCAUUGGGACACCUUUCUACAUGAGCCCAGAGGCAUUACAACACCAGGGUUAUGACACAAAAUCAGACAUUUGGUCACUUGGAUGCAUUUUGUAUGAAGUGUGUUGUUUGAAUCAUGCGUUUACUGGUCAUAGUUUUUUGUCUAUUGUUCUGAAAAUUGUAGAGAGCAAAACACCAUCUCUUCCAGACAAUUUUCCAAGAGAACUUGAUGCUGUCCUGCAUAGAAUGCUAAAUAAGGACCCUUCACUGAGGCCAUCAGCUGCAGAGAUUUUAAGAACUUCAUACAUUGAUGAUCAGUUACAGAUUAUGAAAUAUAAGCACACAAAUAUAAGCAUACCGAUUAAAAAGGGUUGGAUGUCGAAUUCCCAGGAAGAAGCUGAUCAUUUAAUAAGUGCUGUAAAGAAAAAGGUACAUCUCCAAACUCUAAGGACCAUAUCUGAAAUGCAGAAAAUGACACCACGUGAACGGAUGCGAUUGCGGAAAUUAACUUUAGCUGAUCAAACAGCACAGAAGCUGAAACAGUUGGCUGAAGAAAAAUAUCAAGAAAAUCUUAAAAGAAUGCAAGAACUUAGAUCCCGUAAUUUUCACCAAGUGAAUAUAGAUGUGCUUCAUGAAUCUGAUCAACACAGUUCAGAACGCCUCAUUAAAUCCCAGUCUGUCACUGCAUUGGACUAUUUUUUCCAAAGGGACAAUAAUACAAUAGGCAGACUUCAUGAAUCUAAUCCAGCAGAGCAUGAGUUCCCAGAGGAUCCUCUUAUUGCAGAAGAAUAUUAUAAUGAUGCAUUUGAUUCCUGCUCAGAAACAAGUGAAGAAUCAGAUUGUGAACAGGAAGAAAAGAAUGCGUCACAGACAGACAGUGAUAUCGAAGCAAUGGUCCAAUACAUGGAGAAUAUUGUAGAUAUUAAUUCUGGAGCACUCUCUGGGUCUUGCAGGUCCUUCUUCUGGCCUUUGUUGGUGCUGGACACAACUCAGUUGCUUGGGAAGAAGCACAACCUGCUCUCUGCCCCGAGACACUCACCUGACCCGGCUGCUGCCAAUGGUCUGCAGCAUAAUGGGCUCCAGGAGGAUGUGGAGAUGCCGUCUCCCCCAUUGUGA